AUGGGUAACACAGCUAGUGUCGCGGGCCGUGACUGCUUCAUGGCUGCUGUGGGAGGGGAUCCUAAUCUGGCUGCGUUUCGUGGCGAUCUGUUGUAUGAAUUUCGGGCCUUGCCGUCCUACAACCUCGCGAUUCCUGUCAUUCCUGAGGUCAUCACCUAUCCCAAGAAUACGACGCAGGUUGCUGAGAUUGUGCGCUGUGCCGUGGAGGAGAAAUAUCGGGUGCAAGCUUACAGUGGCGGUCAUAGCUAUGGCAACUAUGGUCUGGGGGGUACUGAUGGCCAUGUUGUCAUCGACCUGAAAAACUUCCAGCAAUUCUCCAUGGAUCCGGAUACCCACAUUGCCACGGUUGGAGCAGGUACAAACUUGGGUGACCUCCAGAACCGUCUUUUGCAUGCGGGUGGUAGAGCGAUGGCACAUGGAUCUUGUCCACAAGUCGGCGUGGGUGGUCAUUUCACUAUCGGUGGAUUGGGUCUCAUGUCACGACAAUGGGGAACGUCGCUGGAUCAUGUGGUGGAGGCUGAAGUAGUCCUGGCCAAUUCCAGCGUUGUGACGGCCUCGGACACCCAAAACCAAGAUAUCUUCUGGGCUAUCAAGGGUGCAGCUGCCAGUUUUGGAAUCGUCACUCAAUUCAAAGUUCGCACACAUGAAGUUCCUAAGGCUGCUAUCCAAUACACAUAUACAUUCAGCCAAGGAGACAUAUUGGACAAAGUGAAAUUGUUCCAAGCCUGGCAGUCUCUGGUCGCAAAGCCUAAUAUUACGCGCAACUUUUCCACCGAACUCACCAUCUUCCAAGACGGUAUCGUGAUCAUGGGUAGUUUCCUCGGUACCCGAGAGGAGUUCCAAGAAUUCCAGCAUGAGAACGGUCUCCCAAUUGAAAGUAUGGGCAAUGUGGCAUACAUCACGAACUGGCUAGCCUUAGUGGCUAAUUCCGCUGAGAACUACCUGAUCUCACUCGCUGGCGGCCUACUCACAUCGUUCUAUUCCAAGUCAUUGUCGUUUACCGCUGAUCAGAUGUUUACCGAGCGGGAUCUUGUCACUUUCUUCACUUAUCUCGACACCGCACCAAAGGGAACUCAGACCUGGUGGGUCAUUUUUGACAUGGAGGGUGGUGCGAUCAACGAUGUUCCCAUGAAUGCCACAUCCUUCGUGCACCGCGAUGCUGUCAUGUGGAUGCAAUCCUAUUCCGUCGUCGGGUUCGAACCUCCUGGAUUCAUCGCACGGAGGUUCCUCAAUCGCUUGCAUCAAGUCGUGUUAGAAAACCGUCCAGCGGGUCCUAUGCGUGCCUAUCCGGGAUAUGUUGAUCCUUAUCUCAAGAAUGGCCAGAUGGCGUACUGGGGCUCCAAUCUUGAACGUCUUCAAAGUAUCAAAACGCUUGUCGAUCCGAGAGAUAUUUUCCACAACCCGCAGAGUGUGCCUGUGAAUCCAAUCACCAAUCGGCGUGACUUGCAGCUUCAAGAUGUCUAG